AUGACAUCUACAACUAUAGGAAGCCAUCUCUCUUCUCUCUAUAAAGACAACUAUGAAGCCAUCUCUUCUCUCUAUAAGGACAUCUAUGAAGCCAUCUCUUCUCUCUAUAAAGACAACCAUGAAGCCAUCUCUUCUCUCUAUAAAGACAACUAUGAAGCCAUCUCUUCUCUCUAUAAAGACAUCUAUGAAGCCAUCUCUUCUCUCUAUAAAGACAACUAUGAAGCCAUCUCUUCUCUCUAUAAAGACAACCAUGAAGCCAUCUCUUCUCUCUAUAAAGACAACUAUGAAGCCAUCUCUUCUCUCUAUAAAGACAUCUAUGAAGCCAUCUCUUCUCUCUAUAAAGACAUCUAUGAAGCCAUCUCUUCUCUCUAUAAAGACAACUAUGAAGCCAUCUCUUCUCUCCAUAAAGACAUCUAUGAAGCCAUCUCUUCUCUCCAUAAAGACAUCUAUGAAGCCAUCUCUUCUCUCUAUAAAGACAUCUAUGAAGCCAUCACUUCUCUCUAUAUAGACAUCUAUGAAGCCAUCUCUUCUCUCUAUAAAGACAUCUAUGAAGCCAUCUCUUCUCUCUAUAAAGACAUCUCUUCUCUCUAUAAAGACAUGAAGCCUCUUCUCUCUAUAAAGACAACUAUGAAGCCAUCUCUUCUCUCUAUAAAGACAACUAUGAAGCCAUCUCUUCUCUCUAUAAAGACAUCUAUGAAGCCAUCUCUUCUCUCUAUAAAGACAACCAUGAAGCCAUCUCUUCUCUCUAUAAAGACAACUAUGAAGCCAUCUCUUCUCUCUCUAAAGACAACUAUGAAGCCAUCUCUUCUCUCUAUAAAGACAUCUAUGAAGCCAUCUCUUCUCUCUAUAAAGACAACUAUGAAGCCAUCUCUUCUCUCUAUAAAGACAUCUAUGAAGCCAUCUCUUCUCUCUAUAAAGACAUCUAUGAAGCCAUCUCUUCUCUCUAUAAAGACAUCUAUGAAGCCAUCUCUUCUCUCUAUAAAGACAUCUAUGAAGCCAUCUCUUCUCUCUAUAAAGACAACUAUGAAGCCAUCUCUUCUCUCUAUAAAGACAUCUAUGAAGCCAUCUCUUCUCUCUAUAAAGACAUCUAUGAAGCCAUCUCUUCUCUCUAUAAAGACAUCUAUGAAGCCAUCUCUUCUCUCUAUAAAGACAACCAUGAAGCCAUCUCUUCUCUCUAUAAAGACAACUAUGAAGCCAUCUCUUCUCUCUAUAAAGACAUCUAUGAAGCCAUCUCUUCUCUCUAUAAAGACAACUAUGAAGCCAUAUCCUUUCUCUAUAAAGACAACCAUGAAGCCAUCUCUUCUCUCUAUAAAGACAAGACAACUAUAA